UGUAUACAGAAUUGGAAAGUCACCCAACAAAAGAGAUAAUAGACAUGGCGGUAGAAGAGGUGAACAGUGUCUCCAACACCUACAACCUGCAGGUCAUAUACCGCCAGUACUCCUACCAGUCUAGUGAUGUGUUUGACAGUGUCUGUUCCAGUUUAGAGGAAGGAGUGAUCGGAUUAGUAGCUUCUGGGUCUUCUAACAACGUGAAGAUUAUAGCUGAGAUAGCAACAAACUUCCACGUGCCCUCCAUAAGUCCUUCAGCAACAAACCCGUUCAUUCAACAAACAUUAACUACAGAGUAUUUACUGAACCUCAUGCCGUCAGACUACGAACAGUGCAAAGCAAUAUUUGAGCUCCUGAAGCAUCACGAAUGGAAAGACUUCUCGAUACUCACAUCAGCGGAUGAUUACGGGAUAAAUGGGAUGCUGAAAUUACAGUCGCUAGCAAUGGCUCAGGGCUUCAAGAUUCUUAAUAACCAACAGUUUGUCGUUCCAGGAAGUCACCAUGAUUCGGAAUACGCACAGCUUGACAUAAAGAUGGAGCUGGAAGUCAUCAAACAGUCCCUGUCUAAGAUUAUCGUGCUCAUUUGUGAUGGUUGGUACAGUCCCGCCAUUUUCAGGCAAGCCAGAGAUGUAGGUCUGAUGACCAAUGAGUAUGCCUGGAUUGUGACAGACGGUAUAGCCACACAACCCAUAGUACUAGAAGAGAACGGGACCAUACCAGACUAUCUCAACGGGCUUCUGGGGACGAGGCCAACUAUUUCACUAAACAGCCCCCAAUACAAAUCACUGUACAACAAGUUCGUGACCAAGUUUCCGGGAAAACGGUUUAACCUUGGUGGAUAUGUAUUGACGCUCUAUGACACCAUCAAGGUUUACGCGGACGGACUAAACUUAUAUUAUCAGGAGAACCAGAAUAUGGAAUCAAAGGAGUUUUACUGUCACCAGAACAUCCUUAAUGGCGAGUAUCAAUAUUGGGAGAACGGAUACAAGUUCUUGGGUGCACUUAAACGUGUUGACCUAGACACCGGCAUGACAGGACACAUCCAGUUUGACAAAAUGGGCUGGCCGAGGAACGUUGUCUACGAUGUUUUGAACAUUCAGAAUCAAAACUUUGUACGGAUAGGAACUUGGAAACUGGUAUCUAACGAACUAAAACUUCCCUACAAGGCCAUAUACUUUGACCAUUCUGAUACAGCUCCCACCUCGAAACCCAAAACCCUGAAAGGUUCAAAGUUCAUCUGCGGAAUCCUACCAAUAAAACCCUUUAUCAUAGAGACAAGCGGGCCGUGCGAGGGCAAGAGCUGUUACACUGGUUAUAUGAUUGACUUGAUUGAGCGGCUAAAAAUUGACCUUCAGUUUGAGUACGAGUUUGUGCAGCCUCACGACAGAAAAUGGGGUUCUUACAACUCAUCGGUACAAGAUUGGACGGGACUGGUAAGGCAGCUGGUCUACAACGAGAUCGAUAUUGCGGCAGUACCUCUUUCUGUGAAUUCUGGGAGGGAACACAUCAUUGACUUUUCUUUUCCUUUUAUGGAUUCAAGCAACACAGCAGUCAUGAGAGCUUCUAAAUCAACCCAAAACAGAUUCUUUUUCCUUCUUCCAUUCGAAAAUAAAGUCUGGUUUUCAGUGAUAAUCAUGAACUUUAUUGUGACAUUUUUCUUCUACCUUGCGAAUAAAACCAGCCCGUAUGGAAGAUCAGCGUCCUACGUGCACGCUCUCAUGUCUUGCACGUGCAAAGAAUGUCUCAAACAUCGCUCGGGACAGAAGGAUCCUAAUUUGACAACACUGGCCAGACCCCUGACUCGUAAGUGCCUCUUUACGAAAGGUUCUGCAAAGGAUGGCAGAAACGGGACCAAUUUCUACAACUCUUUUUGGAUUGUGAGCUCUGGACUGUUCGGGAAGACCCGAGGAGACAGCCCAGAUAGCUUGUCAGGAAGGUUUAUCCUCUGCGCUUGGUGGUUUUUCAUGAUGGUUGUGACCUCUAUGUACACAGCUAACUUGGCAGCUUCACUCACCGUCAACAACAUGGAUAUUGGUAUCAAAUCGGUUAAAGAUCUUCUCGCCCAGAACGAUAUUACGUGGGGUACAGUAAAGUCAACCCACACGGAGUCAAUUCUCCAGUCCUCAGUAGAUCCCUUCUACAGGGAGCUCUACACCAGAGCAGUUUCAGUAGGUAAUGAAUCCGAAGCUGCAAGAAAAGUGAGGGAGGAAAAGUAUGUUUUCAUCUUUGAAACCCCAAUCAUCGAUUACGAGUUCAGGUCUGAUUGUGACGUGGUAAGGAUCGGCGCGGAGUUCCAAUCAUUUGAGUAUGCUCUGGGGUUCCCCAAGGGAUCUCCAUACGCCGAGCUGAUAAACUCCUACAUCCUACAGUACAGAGAAACAGGCGUCCUUGACAGCUUCUGGUCACGCUGGCUAGCAAUCCAAGACUCCACUUCCAACUGCCCGAGUAGCGAAGGAGGCAGGAAGCUCACCCUUGGCAUGAGCUCCAUGGCUGGGAUCUUCUUCGCUCUGGCAAUAGCACUGACAUUCGGUGUGUUUCUCCUCAUUAUGGAGUACACUGUGGCAGCGAUGAGGGACGUUAGAACCAACUCUCAGGACUCUAAGAAGUCGUUUUGGGGGUCUCUGAUAAGCAGGGUAAAACUCCUGUUGAUCUACACGUUCAGUUCUAAAUCAGUGUACCAACAUGAUGAGAUGGAGGAAGAGGAGGAGGAGGAGGCGGGGUGUUCAGCUAGGUUUCUGAACAAACCUAGACAGCAUAGUAUCAUGUGACUUUUAUCUGGGUGAUACGGAUGCUAACUCAUCUGGUAGCUAUUGAUUUUUACCUUGGCAAGGGUACAAACAGUAACCAGUACGGUGUCCAAUAAUCCAUAUUAAUAUUGUAAUAAGUAUAUGUUUAUCAAAUCUGCAUAUUC